CCUCUCCUCACUGCCAUCAUGUCCAUCAAGGUCGCCGAUUAUCUCUUCACACGCCUGCGCCAGCUGGGCAUCCAGACUGUCUUCGGGGUCCCCGGUGAUUACAACCUCCGCCUCCUCGACUUUGUCGAGCCCUCGGGACUCCAGUGGGUGGGCACUUGCAACGAACUGAACGGCGCCUAUGCCGCCGAUGGAUAUGCGCGCAUCAACGGUCUCUCCGCCCUGAUCACCACCUUCGGCGUGGGUGAACUCUCCGCCAUCAACGGCAUUGCGGGCGCGUAUGCCGAGAAGGCUCCCGUCAUCCACAUCGUCGGGACCCCCGAACGGGCACUCCAGGAUAACCGGACCUUGGUGCACCAUACGUUGGCGGAUGGGGGAGAUUAUGGGCGCUUCGGCGCCAUGGCCUCACAUGUUACAGUCGCACGGGCAGAUCUACGCGAUCCAUCUCUCGUGCCGGACCAGAUUGAUUCAGUGCUACGACAGGCACUGGUCCACAGCCGACCGGUGUAUCUGCAGGUACCGGACGACGUGGUAGACGCUCUUGUCGACACAUCGAAUCUAGCCACCCCCAUCACCAUCCCCCAAACUCCAGCUCCUGCAAACCAGCCCACAGUCCUGGACCGCGUGACGGAACGCAUGUACGCCGCGAAACGGCCUCUGAUCCUGGUCGACGGGGAUAUCAGGCCGAUGGGCAUUGUAAAGGAAGUGGACGAGCUGAUUCGACUGACUAACUGGCCCACCUGGACGAACCCCUUCGGCAAGGGACUCGUCAACGAGAGCCUCGAUAACGUCUACGGGAUUUACCACGCCUCAUUCGGCGACGCAGCAUGGAAAGACUACUUCACCUCCGCGGACCUAGCCAUUGUCCUGGGCCCUCACUACACCACGACCAACAGCCUCGCCUUCACCACCCUGCCUUCCCAAGAUGUAUCCAUCCUUCUCUCACCCUCAACUGUCCAGAUCGGCAAGGACACCUACCGCGACAUCUCUCGGGACUUCCUCCGCCAACUCAUCUCGCGCCUCGAUGCCCCACAAAUUCCCAAAACCACCGGACCCCCCAAACUCCCCAUCACCACGAUCGACUCCCUUCCACCAUCCGACCCGAUCACCCAAGAACACUUCUGGAACGUCGUCAACCCCCUCGUCCAACCCAACGACCUCGUGCUCGCCGAAACAGGCACAUCCGCGCACGGAACCCGGCAUUUCACCCUCCCACCCAACACCCCCUACUUCACCGCCGUAACCUGGCUGUCAAUAGGAUACAUGCUUCCCGCUACGCUCGGCGCGACAAUCGCACACAAACAACUCAACAAAACCUCCAAACCCAGUCGGGGGAUCCUCUUCGUCGGCGACGGGAGUCUCCAGAUGUCAGUACAGGAACUCAGCACGAUGAUCCGCGAGAAACUCAACCUGGUCAUCAUCGUGGUUAACAACGACGGCUACACCAUCGAGCGGGCAAUCCACGGCCGGAAGCAGAGAUACAAUGAUAUCGCGCCGUGGAGACACGCGCUGGCGAUGAGUUUCUUUGGAGCGGAGGAGGAACAUGCGCGCGAGAACUACCUUGUGGCGAGGACGUGGGGCGAGUUGGAGAAGGUGUUGGUCGAUAAGAGGAUCACGGAGGGUGACGGGAUCCGGGUAGUUGAGGUGUAUAUGGAGAAGGAGGACGUGCAGGGCAUUUUGCUGUCCUUGUUGAAUAAGCAGAUUGCUGCGGAGCAAUGAUACGUUCGGAUACUAGAUAAGAGAGACGAUGCGAUGAUUUUAUUUUGCAAAUAUACAAAGAUUUGAACAAGUUGUACUACACACCUCGUGGUUCUGUGAAUGGGUGUCUCUUCAAUCGGUAUAUAUCUCGAUCUAGAGUUCAACCUCGCUUAUAUCUGUGAGGUACUCGACACAGUCCCGAACACCUCAACUGGCAAACAAUGUUCAUACUCCAACAAAUACAAACCAG